UCCUUCCUGAGGCACCGGAAGCAGACGCUCCUCUCGGGCAGGGUGGGGGGAGCAGGGAAGUGCCACCGCCAUCUUGGGGGAGCGAGAGACUACCCCCUCCCUGCACUGCUCCGCACCACUCCCCGCGCGUCCCGGCCAGCUCCGUGCCCUCGGGCCCCGGGCCCGGCUGUAGCGGGGGCAGGAGAGGGAGGCGAGGCCAGGCGACGGCAGCAGGAGUCUGGCGAGGACGGGGGGCCGGGCGGGGGCAGCGCCGAGGCCUGAGGGGAGGCCGGGGCAGGGGGCUGCGGCCCGAAAGACUCGCUGCGGGGGCAGCCCGAGCCGCCGGCCCGGCCGGGGAGCAUUGUCCCGCCGCCGCCGCCGCCAGGGAGGAGCAGCCCCGGGAGCAUCUAGGGCAUCCGUCUGCAUCCUCCUGAGUGGGCCUCGAGCAAUGGCCACCAACCUGGGAGACCAGCGGGCCGCUGAAUGGGCCCCGCAGUACAAUAUGGGAAACAGCAACACCCGGGAGAACACUAUGGAAGGGCCAAUGCACGAGAACCCUGAAUGGGAGAAAGCCAGGCAAGCACUGGCCAGCAUUAGUAAAGCCAACGCCGCCUCUGGGAGCAGCAAGAGCUCCAGCAGCGCACCAGCUAAUGCCCAGUAUUCAUCCCAGCAAGGAGACCUGAGUGCCAUGCAGCAGCAACAGUAUUACCAGUGGUACCAGCCAUAUGGUUACACGUAUCCAUACAACUACUACUACCCAAUGAAUGUCUAUCCUGGCUACAACUCUCCCAGCCAGUAUGGGGUUGCGGGCUCGUAUUCCUCAUCAACACCCCAGCAGCCGCCAGCUCCAGGCCAGCACCAAGGGAACAUGAACCAGCCACCAGUCCCUGGCCUUGAUGACAGCAUGCCCUAUCCCAGCCAGCAGCAGCAGCUUGCCACCUCGACCCCCUCACAGCCUCCUCCACAGCACAAUGCCCACUCCAUGGGGGGUGCAGGCCAACAGCAGGGCAACUCCUCUGCACCCCAGCACCCGCAGCAGACCUCAUCCGGCCCCUCCUAUGGCCAGCACUCGUACUCAGAGGGGCCCAAGCCUAAGAAAGGGCAGCAAAUCUGGAACCGUAUGAAACAAGCCCCUGGUGCAGGGGGCCUGAAAUUCAACAUUCAGAAACGCCCUUUUGUACUAACAAACCAGAACUUUGGGGGUGCAGAACAGCAUGGUAACUUUGGCUCACAGCAGAACUCGGAGAAGCAUCAUAACCAUGGUUCAUCAGCUGGCAAACCUGAGGACUGGCCCCAGGACAUGAAGGAAUACGUCCAACGCUGCUUCACUGCCUGCGAGUCCGAGGAAGACAAGGACAGAACAGAGAAACUGCUGAAGGAGGUUCUGCAGGCCAGGCUGCAAGACGGCACAGCCUACACCAUUGACUGGAGCCAGGAGCCGCUGCCAGGUCUGGGCAGGGACAGCAUCUCUGAGAGCCCCAAGAAAAAGCGGUGGGAAGUGUCCUCGCUCCACUCUCCACGGGCCUCUAUGCCCUCAGGCCUGGCAUCGCAGCAGCAGCAGCAGCAGCAACAGCCCUCACAGCAGCGGGUUGGGGCCAGCACCUUGGGCCCCCCGGCCCCACGUGGCGGGGUUGGUGGGGCAGGUGGUGGGGCUGGGGCUGGCCGCACCCGUGGGAAUGGCUUCCCCACCAAGUUUGGGAACCGCAAUGUCUUCAUGAAGGAGAACAGUUCAUCCUCCAGUGCUGGCUCUCGCUCCCGCUCCUCGUCGCGCUCACCCAGCCGCCACUUCAGGCGCAGUGAUUCCCACUCAGACUCGGACAGCUCCUACUCCGGCGGCGAGACCCGCCUGGGGCCCCGCAGGGGUGCACAGAAGAACCGUGGCAGAGGGGGGCACAUAGAGAGGGGUCGCAUGAGGAUGCAGAGGGGUAAAAGGCAUGACCAGGGCCCCUCCAAGCGUAACCGCAAGAGGGCCACCAUGGACUAUGAGGACCCUGAGAAGGAGUUCAAGAAGCAGCGGCGGGCAGCCCGCUUCCAGCAUGGCCACUCCAAGAAGCUGAGGCUGGAGCCCCUCAUCCUUCAGAUCAACAGCCUAGACACAGCUAGUUCUGAGGGCCCUGACUGGAAUGAGCUCAAGAUCAUGGGCACCAGCCAGGAGAUCACCAAGCACUACCUGCGACUCACCUGCGCCCCUGACCCCUCAACCGUCCGGCCUGUCUCGGUACUGAAGAAAUCUCUCUCCAUGGUGAAGUCACACUGGAAGGAGAAACAGGACUAUGUCUUUGCUUGUGAGCAGAUGAAAUCCAUCCGGCAGGACCUCACGGUUCAAGGUAUUCGCACAGAGUUCACAGUGGAGGUAUACGAGACCCAUGCCCGGAUAGCGCUGGAGAAGGGGGAUCAUGAGGAGUUUAACCAGUGCCAGACACAGCUCAAGUCUCUCUACACGGAGAACCUACCGGGCAAUGUUGGGGAAUUCACUGCCUACCGCAUCCUCUACUACAUCUUCACCAAGAACUCUGGGGAUAUCACCACAGAGCUGGCGUACCUGACCAAGGAGCUGAAAUCAGACCCCUGCGUAGCCCACGCCCUAGCCCUGCGUGCUGCUUGGGCCCUGUCCAACUACCACCGCUUCUUCCAGCUCUACCAUGAGGCGCCCUGUAUGUCCGGCUACCUCAUCGACAAAUUCGCUGAGCGGGAGAGGAAAACGGCUCUUAAAGCCAUGAUCAAAACCUUCCGCCCACUGCUCCCAGUCUCCUACGUUCAGUCAGAGCUGGCCUUCGAGUCAGAGGAAGAGUGCCAGCUCUUUUUGGCCCCUCUGUCCCUUGCGUACGCAGGCGCCGACACCACCAAGAUUGACUGCAAGCAGAGCUUAGCGGUCCUGUCCAACUUCUAAACCUCCCCUGGCAUGUGACCCCCGUCAGUUAAAUCAAGCCCAAGGGGAGCACAUGGCAGCUCUGGAGGGGCCAGGCUCUGGUAGCCUCCGAGUGCCGGCACAGAGGAGCUGCUCCCUGCACUCCCCAACCCCCCACCCUCAUGCACCUCUGACGCAUAGACAGAAGAGGGUAAGAUGGCCAGCCGACAGACAGCACGUCCCUCCACGGUGUGAAGAGCAGGAGGGCAGGGGCAUGUGCAAUGUUAAUGCUUUUCCUUUGGUCUCUUGCCAGCAGAUGACUUCUGCAGAAGGGAAUGGGGUGUUGUGGUGGGGAGGGGAGUGCCUUGGAUGGCGGUCACAAGGAGAGGCCUUCCUAGACAUUCUCCGGGGCUGGGCAGGGCCAUGCCAUCUGUACCCAGCGAAACACAUGCACAUGUCUGGCUCCCGGAUCUCGGUGCAUGAGAAGAAGCAGGUAGCUCCUUCCCAGCUGGGGCAGCGCACUCCUGGAGAGAUCAGACUCGACCUCCGGAGGGAAAGGAAAUCCAGAGGCUGCCUAGAGGGGACCACACAGCCCCACCCUGAACUCAGCUUCCGGCUUCCUUUGAGCACCCCUCAGGAGCAAGGAGCCGAUACUUUCUAGAGCCGAGCCCUCAGGAAACCUCCCAGGGUUAUUGCCCUGAACUCUCUCUCCCCUCCGUUCCCCUUUUCAUGGCCAAGGAAACGACUCCCUCUUGAACAGAGCUGACCUGAUGAUUUUUGGAGACCCCCAUUUCUCUGUAUAUAUUUGUUCAGGAUUCUGUACAGGAACCUUUUUCUUUGAUGCUGUAAAUAAGGAGAGAAAAUUGAUUGUAUUUUGUAAAGUACCUAUUUUCUACUUCCUUUUUUUUUUUUUUAAGGAUCAACUUUAGCAGGGCAGGCGGGGGGGGGG